AUGUAUAAGCGCUGCGGGGCGUGGGUGGCGGUGACCUCUGCCGCUGUUGUGCUCAUUACGGCCCUGGCGGUGCUGGGCCCCCGCUGUUUCCAUGACAGCGAUGUCAUUGCGGCGACGGCGACGGCGGGCGCACCCGCUGUGAACGCCGUCGACGGCAACCUUGAGAGGCACCACAAGCCGAAACGGAAGCCCUACACAUCACCCUCCGGGCUGUUCAUUCAGGAGCGCGCCUCCAAGGGCCUGCCAGGCCCUGGUCAGCACUUCUCAUUCGGCGCCCUCAAGCCCUGGGACGAGAUCCUGUCGCUGCUCGAGGACAAGGAGGACCGCAAGCUGCUGCUGGUGGUGCGCCACGGCCAGGCUGUCAGCAACUACCUGGGGGACACCCUCGGCCCCGACGAGUGGUAUGCAGUGGAGGGCACCUGCGAGUACACAGACAAAGACGGACAGCACUGGGACAUCUUCGAUGCAGACCUGACGGACCUGGGCCUGGCACAGGCGCAGUCACUCAACUCAAUGCUGGGGGGCGGCGGCUGGUUCAAGAAGGUCACAGGCGGCCGCGCCGUGCGCGCCGUCAUCAGCCCCCUCACCAGGUGCCUCAACACCGCGACGACUGUACUGAAGGGCCUGCCCAUCAACGCGACCAAUGUGGAGGAGCUGUGCCGCGAGACGCUGGGGGAGGACACCUGCGACGCGCGGCGCAGCGUCAGCGACCCGGAAGGCGGCGAUGACGACGACCCCGAGGGCGAUGAUGACGGCGACGACAAUGGCAAAGAGACAAGCCGCGGCGCGCCGGCCUCGCCCUGCAAGUUUGACCAGGGCCUGCGCAGCAAGUUCCCCAACUACAAGUUCAAGGUGAGCCGGGACCGCCUCAACAGCAGGACAGACCCCCAACCCAUUGACUGGCCGUAUUGA